CCUCUCGAGUUGAGAUAAAAACAUCUAAAUCGUGCGUAAUCUAUGGUCAAAGCAUGAGCGCCGUUUGUUCAAUGGAUCGGGAAUGUCAGGAAUUCGUAACAUGAAUAGAGAGGUUAUCUAAUUCUCAAGGCUUUGUUUGGGUAGAGAUUAAGCUGCGACAGUACGACUAGAAUGUCAUGAGAAAAGUCUCGCCCGUAAGAAUGGCUGCUUGGAUCAACAUAACUUCCAAACUGGAGCAAGGUUUAAAGAUAGUGGCUCGAGUGGACAACGGCAAAUUUCGACUUCUUGUCAACCGCAUAUGUCAGACGCUGCAGUCCAGUACUGAUGCGAAGGUGUUCAAUGAGGAAGAAAAGGAAAAGCUACUGGUUUCCUUAGAUCUGGCGAAAGACGAAUUAGCCUUCCUGCUGGACGCCGUUACGUCUAUCUACACGCAGGCAGCGUGUAGCGUUGUCAAACCGUCCGUUAUGGAAGUAGUCAUGAGAGAGAAUUUCAAACUAGACGAGGAGAAAAUAUCGAUCUUUACAAAUGCCUGGAUGACUUAUGGGAAAGGCAUUGUAGAGAAUCUUAGGCAACAGUCCAUUUUUCCCACUCAGGUAAAAGAUAUCAACUGGUGCCUAAAUGUGCAAUCAUCGUCAUCUGCACUUUCUAAAGACGCACGACCUGUAGCGUUGCUUCAGCUAAGUCUGACUGGGGAUAAAACAUCUACGUUAACAACGGAGUUUGACAAGAAGCAAUUGACAGAGCUGUAUUAUAAUUUAGAAAAAAUUCAAGCUCAGCUAGAUGCUCUUAAAUAAUAGGAUUUAUAUGUCGCUAUACUAUAAAUAACUAAUAGGUAUAAUUUAUAAUGUCAAAAUACACUUUUCAAUGCCUUUCUACACGUUUAGUAGAACACCGUGCGUCAGUCAUUUUCUAACAAAAUAUUUUUAAAUAAAUUAUAGUUAAAAUAUUUUAAAUUUAUUUAUUCAUAUGUAUACAUACUGGUGUAGUAGUUGUAAUAAAUUCUAUAUCGACUUUUGUGAUCGUAA